AUGGCAAUCGACCAAUAUGUCGAAGAAUUGUUGAUCAUGGGAGAUUCGGAUUUGAUUAUCCGACAAGCCCAAGGAGAAUCGGAGACUCGGGAUGUAAAGAUUAUUCCCUACAGGCAAUAUGUAGAAGAUCUUAUCAGGCGAUUCAAGUCAGUGGAGUUCAGGUACAUUCCUCGUUUUCACAAUGAGUUAGAUGAUGCGCUCGCUACUUUGGCCUCGAUGCUGCCAUACCCAGGCAAUGCCCACAUUGACAUAUUGGAAAUUCAAAUCCGGGAAAGGCAUGGUUACUGCAAUACGGUUAAGGAAGAACCAAAUAUUCAGCCAUG